AUGGCAGACUUUUCAGCACGCCGACGACAUAACAUCAAACAAAACGAGCUUCUUCUCGACCAAAUACUACCUCUAAUCACCAAUAUUGAACCUCGACCUGCCGAGCCCGAUACCAGCAGCAAGAGCAUCAAACGAAAAGCCGAUGCAAGUCGUGCACCUACGAGACAGUCCAAACGCAUAGCCACAGCAAGCGCAAGGCCGGUUUACAACGCCGAUCAGCAUGUUGGGACAUCUGCGCCGCGAGGGAAGGCAAAGACUAGCCGGAGUGCCAACACCAAGCGAGCUCCCUCAGCAUCAGAUCCAGGCCCUGGGUCAGACGCCGAACCGUCCAAGAAUGUCGAGGCAAUUGUAGCCGGAUGGAGCGCGUGGACACCUGAAGCCGGGGAGCCUUCCCGUGACGAUGCCGGUACGUUUCAUUUCGAGUCGCAUCCCGAUUUUCGGCCGAACAAAUCGCCCGAGGAGAUCAUUCGUGAGGGAAGCUUCGGUGGCUCCUACUGGCGGCCGCUGUUUUCAAAGCGUCUGCGCAUCACCGUACAGGACGAUUGGAGGGAACUACCGGCAUCAUGGACAGCCGGGCUAGACGUAGAUACAUAUCUCACCAGCGCCGCGUACAGCUCUGAGGUGAACAAGUACGGUGUUUCGUGUGGACAAAGCAUUGAAGAAUGGGAGGCGGCUGGCUGGAUCGCCCACGACUACGAUGUCCGCGGCUGGUUCCAAUGGUACUGUCGCUUUUGGAUGGGCCGCCAUCAGCCUGCGUAG